AUGAGACUAGGAAUGAAUUUUAUUGGUUACAACUGUAAUGGAAAGAUUUGGUAUUUUGAAGAAGAUGGUGUAGAUGUGGAAGUUUUGAUGGACACAGAUCAACAGAAGACCAUUAAACUAUUCUUGCAGGAUAAGGGUAAAGACAUUAUCACAACUUUGGUGUAUGCAAACUGUGAUGCUGUUGAAAGACUUCUUCUCUGGGAUAACAUUUAUAGUCUUUCCAGCAAUAUGAAAUUUCCUUGGUUGAUUAGUGUAGAUUUUAUUGUCAUUAUGAAUGAUGAGGAGAAAAUUGGAGGUUUUCCAAUAUAUCCAAAUGAAUAUAAAGACUUUGCCUUUUGCAUGAAUUCUUGUGAAUUGAGUGAAGUGGAAUUUAUAGGUAGUCCUUUAACUUGGUGGAAUGGAAGAGUAGGUCAAGAUUGCAUCUUCAAAAGACUAGAUAGAAUUCUAGUCAAUCAACCACUUCAGGAUUGGUUUGGAACUUUGAACAUGGAUCAUUUGUCUAGAACUAGCUCAGAUCAUGCACCAUUAUUGUUAUCAACUGGUGAUCAGGUUGAGUUCAAGAAAUAUUUGCACUUUGAGAAGGAAUUCUGGAGAAAAAAAGAUGGAAUUCAGUGGCAAUCAAAAGGUGACAGAAACACUAGAUACAUUCACAUCUUGGUGAAGGGGAGAAGAAAAAGAUUACAACUGUCAAGAAUUGAGAAUGCAGAAGGAGAAUGGAGAGAAGACGAUGAUCAAAUUGCAGUAACAACAAUUGACUUUUACCAAAGCUAA